AAAAUAUAUCCUAAAUGAAGUUGAAAAUGUUCGCACAUGUAUCAUCCCUCUCAUUUGUAGUUCUUUACAGAGCGUCAUGGCCAACACCGAGAGGAAGUCGAACAACAUGAACAUUUCUGACACAGGAAACGAGGUGUUCAUGCGGGAGGUAGAGCCUCUUGAAGGAGAAGACUUUCUGCUUUUCCAGGGUCCUGGUCAGAACCGAAGAAGCCUGUCAGGAGUGACACAUCUUCCAGAACCGAAAACAAGUCCAGUUGCCUCCGAUACAUCACUUAGAAUCAACCAUGACCUGGCUAACUGAGACCUGUCAUCAGAACAAAAACUAUAUCGCCAUCUGCUGGUAGACUUAAACUACUGCGCGUGUCGCUCUGUUAUGACGUCUUUCACGUGGGCUCCUCCGGCAUGGUGACCUCAGUGGACAGCACACCGGCUGAGAAGAGGGAAGACGAACGACCCACAGUUAGGUGGAGUAAGUGGAGUCUCUCGCGUUGUAUCGGUGUGUAAUGCUUUCUGGACUCAGGUGUUCGUUUCAUUGUAAAUGCUGUGUCAUAAUCUUAAGUGAUGGCUGUGCAAAUGCCUUUUGCUGGACUCAUGUUUAUGAACAGACUGGUCAGAAUGAGCACACCCAGCCAGAGGCACCUCAGAAACAGGAUCCUACUUGUAAAACUCCAUAAAUGUUUGAGGGAAAUAAGAACUUUUUCAACUGGUUCUGUGAAAUGGAACAAAGACAAGGAAGACAGCUCAGACCCUGCACCCCUGAGCACCACGCUGACCUCUAGACAAGCACUGUUGUCAAGAAGGAGGCGACCCCUGUCCCCCCUGGAGAGGAUCAGUGGUCUACUGCCCCAGGACGCUCUGAGCCCCGAGGUGACUCAGCUGAGGGAGCAGAACCAGCAAGACACUGCAGACAUCCAGGUGUCAGUCGCAAACUGUGCACCAGAGGAAAGUGGACAUGGGACACAUCCUGAAAAUGAGGAUUCAGAAACCUUAGACGCUCAGCUGAAGGGAACACUUCAUGAGGACGAAAGAUCGAUGUCACCCACUCUUCCUGGGGAGAGGCUGCUUGCGUUUGGGGAGCUGCUUGUGGCGGAGUAUCGUAAGAAAGGGCGGGUGGCGUUCAGGAAGUUGUUCAAGCUUCGGGCGGGGGAACGUCUGCAGAGCAGCUGGGGGACCAUCCCGCACGAUGACAUGGCUGGGCAGCCUGCAGGUCGGUUCCUGAAGACGAGCAGGGGGGUCCCCAUCCUCACGCGUCGGGCCAGUCUGGAGGAUUUUGUGCUGUAUAUGAAGAGGGGGCCAGCCAUCUCCUACCCUAAGGAUGCAGCUACUAUGCUGAUGAUGAUGGAUAUCACAGAGGGAGACUGUGUUUUGGAGUCAGGCUCGGGGUCCGGGGCCAUGUCUCUGUUCCUGUCCAGAGCAGUUGGCUCUAAGGGCCGUGUGCUGAGCAUGGACAUCAGGGAGGACCACCUCAAGAGAGCUGCCAUUAACUACAACGACUGGAGGAGAUCUUGGAAUCUGCGACGGGGCGAGGAGUGGCCCGACAAUGUCCAGUUUCACAACGCUGACCUCCGCACGGCCUCUCCGCUCCUGGCUGGAUGGGGAUUCCAUGCGGUUGCUCUUGACCUGAUCAACCCUCACCUGGCUUUACCCACUGUGACUCAACAUCUGCACCCUGGAGCUGUGUGUGCUGUCUAUAUCCCCAAUAUCACACAGGUCGUUGAACUGCUCGAAGGGCUUCGAUGCUUGGCGUACCCUUUGCUGUGUGAAUGCAUCAUAGAGGUUCCAGUCCGUGAUUGGAUUGUGGCUCCGGCCCUCCGGAAGGAUGGCAGCAACUAUGUCAGUAAAGCUCCGAUCCAGGAUGAAGACCAGAAUGAGGGGGCACCGGAUGAGACUGACACAGAGGAGACGACCCCAAACUUACACCCAGCCUUUGGGAGUAUUCCCUACAUUGCCAGACCUCAUCCUGACCAAAUGAGCCACACAGCAUUCCUGGUGAAACUGAGGAAGACUGUGCAGUAGCUGCUCUGCCUCUGAGGAACCUUGGACAUAAGUGACAUAUCCAAAUAAUAUUCUGUGUAUCAGUAUAUGAAUAAAUGAUGUCUAAAUGUUUAUUUUGGUGUAUUUUUACAUGUACUUGAAUGACAAUGCUUAUGUAAAUGUCAAGCCAAAGAUGCCUUAUAAUAAAUUAUCAGUAAGUGCA